AUGAGUGGUUUUCUGGGUUGGCCUGCGCCUUCUGCAUCUUCUUUAAAUGAGUGGUUUUCUUUAGCCUUCUCUUCUGCUUCUGUGGAAAAUGCCUCCCUUAUGCUAAUGAUCUUAUGGGCUUUGUGGCAAAAUAGGAACAAUGUUGUAUGGAAGGGUCAGGGUCAGACUGCGAGUGGUGUGUUCUUCAUGGCUCUGAAUUUUUUGCAGCAAUGGAAAGCAGCCCGGGUCGUGUCCUUAGUAAGCACCAUUGUCGACCCGGCUCGCCCGAUCUGGUCUCCUCCGCCGCACGGUUGGAUCAAGGCGAACAUUGACGCCUCUUUAAGCUUGCAACGAGGUUCGGUAGGUUUCGGUUGUGUAAUCCGGAAGGAUGAUGGGAGUUUUGUGGCUGCUAGAGCAGACUCUUUUUAUAGUCAGAUGGAUGCAAAGUGUGCUGAAACUAUAGCAUUCCGGGAAGCAUUGAGCUGGAUUAAAGAGUGUGGAUGGGAUCGAGUUCUUUUCGAAUUGGAUGCUCAGUUAUGA